AUCAACAAAUCUCCGUAUUUUCUUGCCGGUUUUCGUCUCUCUCGUCUCCGACAAGACACCCGUAACGAUUUCAACUCAAUGCAGCUCCGAUUAGAGAUUUAAUGGCGGAUUCGGAGCUUCCAGAAGUGGCAUUUUGAGAAAACGGACGAGAUUUUCGAUGUUCUAAAGUCCAGAUCCGUCGGUUCUGCUCUCGCAUCUUCGAUUUCAGCUCAAACGGAGCUUCAAUGGUGGAUUCUUGAUGUAAAUCUCGCUAUUCUGAGCUCUCUGGUUCGAUUUCAGCUGAGUCGAGCUCCAGUGGUUUAGCGAAAGCGCUGUCGUUCGAUUGCGAGAAGAGUUAGAAGGGAUUUUGGGAGAAAUCUGCAGAUUUUGAGCUCCGUUUGCAUUGAUUUUGGCCGAAAUGGAGAAUCCUGAGGUUUGAAAUUGGGAUUUCUGAGAGAAACUUAGAGAUUCAAGGAGUAUCUGUGUAGCGAAGCUCUCUGCAGCUUUAAUGGCGGACCCGCAGCAUCCUUAUGCAGUACUUUGAAGGAAAUGCUUGGAGAUUUCAGAUCUCUCGUUGCUUCUUUUAAAGGUUGUGGAGCUUUUUUUACUUGCCAUUGCUGAAUCGAGCAGAUCUGAAACUUCUGGUCUGAAUCUGAUUUGAUGCAAUGGUUUUGAGCGAUGCUGAUGGUAGAGGGUGAUGUUCCAAGCCAUGGAUUCUACUGACUCUGAAGAACAAGAACAGAAGAAUUACAGCUGAAAUCCCACUCCCACAGUAGAAAUUCAAAUUCAAACAUGCCUUGCUAAAUAUAGCCGUUGAAUUCUAGCCAUGAUGAAACACUCCAAGCUAAAAUCCUUCCCCUUCACACCACUUCCCUUCCUUGUCUUGAUUUUCCUCCUCCCUUCAGCCACCGCCGACCUGAAUUCCGACAAGCAAGCACUUCUCAAUUUCUCUGCUGCAGUCCCCCACGGCCGGAAGCUAAAUUGGAAUCUGGCAGUCCCGAUCUGCUCCUCCUGGAUUGGCAUCAAGUGCGAUUCGAACCAGACCCGUGUGAUUGCCGUCCGGCUACCUGGCGUCGGGCUCUAUGGCCCGAUCCCACCCAACACUCUCGGCAGGCUCGAUGCGCUCCAGGUCCUCAGUCUCCGAUCCAACUACCUCUCUGGGAAUCUCCCUUCCGACAUCUCGUCCCUCCCUUCUCUCCACUUCCUCUACCUCCAACACAACAACUUCUCCGGCAGCAUCCGCACUGCCCUCACCCCCGGCCUCAGUGUCGUAGACCUCUCCUCCAAUUCCUUCGCCGGAAACAUCCCACUGCAGAUUCGGAAUCUGACACGGCUCACUGGACUGAACCUUGAGAACAAUUCCCUCUCCGGGCCCAUCCCUAAUCUCGACCUUCCGAGGCUGAAGCAUUUGAAUCUGAGCUUCAACCACCUCAAUGGCUCGAUCCCAUCUUCUCUCCAAAAAUUCCCAAACUCAUCCUUCUUGGGUAAUUCUCUCUUAUGUGGGGCCCCUCUCCUCCUUCAAUGCCCUCCACUCCUCCCUUCACCGUCUCCUUUCUCUCCUCCCUUGCCAGCCUCACCGCCAGGCCUUAAAGCCCAAAGCAAGAGCUUGAAGAAGAAGCUAAGCACCGCUUCUAUAAUCGCAAUUGCGAUCGGCGGCUGUGCAUUGCUGUUCCUACUAGCAAUAGUGGUCUUGAUGUGCUGUCUGAAGAAGAGAGGUGGGGAAGACGCUGCAGUGUCAUCAAAAGGGAAGGGAACAAGCGGCGGGAGAAGCGAGAAGCCCAAGGAGGAGUACGGAAGUGGGGCCCAGGAAGCCGAGAAGAACAAGCUAGUGUUCUUCGAGGGAUGUUCGUAUAACUUCGAUCUAGAGGAUCUGUUGCGGGCCUCAGCAGAAGUGCUGGGGAAGGGAAGCUACGGGACGGCUUAUAAGGCCGUCCUGGAGGAGGGGACGACGGUGGUGGUGAAGAGGUUGAAGGAAGUGGUGGUGGGGAAGAGAGAGUUUGAGCAGCAGAUGGAGAUCGUCGGUCGGGUGGGCCAGCACCCCAAUGUCGUGCCCCUUCGAGCGUAUUACUACUCCAAGGACGAGAAGCUGCUGGUUUAUGACUAUGUCCCGGCCGGCAGCUUGUCGGCGCUCUUGCAUGGCAGCAGAGGCACUGGAAGAACCCAACUAGACUGGGAUUCAAGGGUGAAGAUCUCUCUAGGAGCCGCCCGCGGCCUGACCCACAUCCAUUCCGAAGGCGGAGGCAAGUUCGCCCACGGCAACAUCAAGUCCUCCAACAUCCUCCUCACCCCCAACCUCGACGGCCAUGUCUCCGACUUGGGCCUCACCCCUCUCAUGAGCUACCCCGCCGCCCCUUCCCGCAGCACCGGCUACCGGGCCCCAGAGUCAAUCGAGACCCGCAAGCCCACUCAGAAAUCCGACGUCUACAGCUUCGGUGUCCUCCUCCUUGAGAUGCUCACAGGCAAGGCCCCACUACAGUCCCCCGGCCACGACGACAUCGUCGACCUACCCCGGUGGGUGCAGUCGGUUGUCCGCGAGGAGUGGACCGCUGAAGUGUUCGAUGUCGAGCUGAUGAGGUUCCAGAACAUUGAGGAGGAGAUGGUGCAGAUGCUGCAGAUAGCCAUGGCCUGUGUGGCCAAGGUGCCAGACUUACGUCCCAAGAUGGACGAGGUCGUGAGGAUGAUUGAGGAGAUCCGGCUCUCUGACUCCGAGAACCGGCCAUCAUCGGAAGAUAACAAGUCCAAGGAUUCGAACGUACAGACCCCAUGAAACAUUCCGCCGUUGGAUUCCCGGCCACAGGUCUUGUG